AGCAGCGCGACUCGUUCGACCUGAUGACGGCGCCUGCUGUGCGCCCCGGCCGCCGCCGCAUCGGCACCCCGGGCGGCUCCUCCUCGACGCAGUACAGCCCGCUCACCGCCGAGGGCACGUUCGACUCGUGCCUCGAGGUCAACGUCCUUAUCUCGUCGCCCUGGGCCGGCCCGUCCACCUCGACCUCGCCCGCCGAAGCCACCUUCCGCACCUACUACACGGCGCCGCGCCUCGACCCGGGCGGCGAGGGUGGCAAUGGCACCGUGUUUGUGUGCGUGCACGGCGCAGGGUACAGCGCGCUGUCGUUCGCCGAGCUCGCGAGGGCGCUGGCGGGCGCAGAGGCGGAGGACGCCGCGGCGGCGAGGGGAAAGGGAAAGGGCCGCAGGGCGAGGGUCGGCGUGCUCGCGUACGAUGCGAGGGGACACGGGAGGACGAGAUUGCCCGACUCGCCGACCUCGACCUCGCCCACCGUCGACAUGUCGCUCGCGCACCUCUCGGCCGACCUCGUCGCGCUCCUCAAGACGGUCUUCCCCGACCGAGCGGCGGCACCUGCACUCGUCCUCGUCGGUCACAGCAUGGGUGGAGCAGUCGUCGCCGACGCGUGCAACCGCAUACAGCGCGAGGUCGCAGAUGUGACGGGCGUCGCCGUCAUUGACGUCGUCGAGGGCACCGCCAUCGACGCCCUGCCCAACAUGGCGGCGCUCAUCGCCGGGCACCCCAAGUCGUUCGACUCGCAGGCCGACGCCAUCGCGUGGCACGUCCACUCGCGCACGAUCAACAACCUGCAGUCGGCGCGCGUGUCGGUGCCGCCGCUCAUUCGGCCAGCAGGGCCGAGCGGGGCGGGAGGAGGUCCGAGCGAGGGCCCGUACGUGUGGCGCGUCGAGCUCGAAAAGACUGAGCCCUACUGGCGAGGAUGGUUCACGGGCCUGAGCGCCAAGUUCCUCGGGUGCAAGGCCGCAAAGCUCCUCCUCCUCGCCGGCACCGACCGACUCGACAAGGAGCUCUUGAUCGGGCAGAUGCAGGGACGGUACCAGCUCGAGGUGUAUCCCGACGUCGGCCACAACGUGCACGAGGACGCACCCGCCCGUACGGCCGAGACGCUCCUCGAUUUCUGGGAGCGCAACGACCGGACAGACGUGCUGCGCGGCGUCAAGAAGGUCGGCGAGGCCUGAGUGGCGCGGCAGGUCGAUGAGGUUGGGCGGUGCGGGAGGCGCGACGCCGAGGCACGAGUGCAACGUGGUCGGUGUGCGCCUC